AUGCCUGUACCACCACAUCGGCCUAGGAUAUUCCGAUGGGCAAAAUUUAACCUAGAAGCACUUCUUUUGCUCGCAGAGAAGCUUCGAGGUCAAUCAUGUACCUGUGACGAGUCCAAGGUCCCUAGGAGCGGUAGCUUGAACUGGGUUAUAUUCAUCACCUUCGAUGAUGGGGUUGAAUGGGUGUUUCGCUCGGCUCGCUACGACACACAUAUUUUCUCAGACGAAACCGCCUCCAAAACACUCAUAAGUGAAGCGAGUACGUUGAAGUACCUUGAAACCCAUUGUGAAAUUCCCGUUCCGAAAGUUUACUCCUAUAGCGGGAGUCACGAUAAUGACAUUGGAAUACCUUAUAUCCUUCAGAGCAAAGCUUCUAGCCGCCCCUUGUCAGAUUAUCGUUGGACUGAGCCGGUAAUCCAGCCCCCGAAUAUCAGACAUCGCACAUCUCAGCUCCCGCUCUCAGAGCCAGACCGCGAGAAAAUCAUGAAUCAGCUUGGUACCAUCAUGUCUCGCCUUUCAAAGUUUCAUUUCGAUAAGAUUGGAUCGUUGUUUGAAGACGAUAACGGUGGAUUUUCAGUUGGUGAAUGUCUAUCUCCUGUUCUUACGUGGCAGUCAAGAGACUCCUUGGAGGCAGAAAUCGAACGAGGUCCCUUUACAGAGGAACCUACCUAUCUUCGGUCUUUAAUAUCAGCUUUUACUGCUCAUGCAGAGGAGCUAUCACUCACACCUUACCUAUUCUUCUCGCCACUGCCCAAGCCAGCUGACUAUCCGACAUGGGAUAGCUUUCUGGCAGCUACCGAUAGAAGGGGUGACUUUAUAGUCGUCGGUGAUAAACUGGAGGGUAGCAAGAACCGACUGGAUUGCUGUAUCGCAGGUCAGAUCCUAGAGGAAAUGGUACCAAAGCUGUCAUCUGAUUCGACCGAUUUCACCAUAUCACAUCCUGAUCUUCAUACUGGAAACAUAUUUGUCGAUGAAGAUCUAAACAUCACAUGUAUUAUUGAUUGGGGUUCUACGACGACUGGUCCGGUGACUGAGUUGUUAGCGACUCCAAGGCUCGCAGGUUCUUCGCAACCACCUUCAGCAGCUCUCACUGCUGCUUUCCAGGCCGGAUUUUCUCAAGAAUCCCCAAACAUCAACCAGGACAUGUGGAGAAAAGCUGAGAUGAAUUGGUAUUUCUCUCGAUUAGUACGUCUUCUGUCUGGCCAAGAUCUUCCACUAUUUCGAAGAUUAUAUGAUCUUGUUUAUAAGACCGGAGCUGAAAAUCCAUCGGAUUCAAGAGAUUAUGGUUGGUUAUUUCAUCAGCGGGCCAUGUCCUCAAGUAACAAGCAGCUUCUCUCUAAGUUGAAAGAAUAUGAUUUGACAAACGAUGAAGUGAAGAAACGGGAGAUAGAGGUCUUUUCUGGAGACGAAGUGGAAAGGUUAGCUGUGGCUAGGAAGCUCACGUUGAUGUCUGAAAUGAAUCCGGGAUUUAUUGGAGAUAGGCGGCUAUGGAGAUGGAUUGAAGAGGCUAUGAAGGGCCCUGUGUAUGAUCGUAUUAAUGAAAGUGAGUGA